UGUUGGACAACAUCCAUCUCGUUUAAUCUUCUCCCCACUGAUUUUUUUGGUAGUAGCAUAUUUGGUAGUGACAAGAAAAUGCCAAGCGGAUGCUUCAAAUGGAAACAUCCGGUGAAAUAUUUGUGUCAUUGUUGUAUCUGUGGUUAUCUUCAGGCGCUGAUGUUCGGGAACACAUCCCGGUCCGCAUCUGGAAGGGGCAAACCGGGUCGAUACAGCGACAAGACGGGAAGUGGAUGAAUUUGCGCCUAGUAAACAAGAUAUUCACAGUACGUCAUGGCCUGAUUUCUGAAACCCACCACCAAUAUCCAACAUGGGGAGGGAAAGAAAGUGCAUUCUCUGUCAGAUCGUAUACAGCUCCAAACAGGAGAUGGAUGAGCAUAUGAAGAGUAUGCUGCAUCAUCGUGAACUGGAGAACCUUAAAGGCCGAGACUGUGGCCACGAGUGCCGGGUGUGCCGGGUGACCAUGGUGAGCCUAACGGACUACGCCGACCACAUAUCCAGCAGGGUGCACAAGCAGCGUGUGGAGACGGCAGAACGGGAAGGUGCCGGGAACGACCAGGAAGAGGAGUAUUUCGACAAGGAUCUGGUCAAACUGAUCGAGAUCCGGAAGGAAGUGAUCAGGAGAGAGGAGGAGGCUGCAGCAAAGCGUGCCAGAGAGGAAGAGGCGCAGAGGAGAGAGGAAGAGGAGAGUCGGAAACGGCAGCAACAGAUCCACAAGUGGAAUGACGCACGGCAGUACUUCUACCAGAAGGGGGCGUCGUGGGACUGGAGAUACCUCAACAAAACCCCUCCAACACCACCGCCGCUGCCACCACCUCGAAAAUGCAAUGGGCCUACCUGGCAGGGGCAGGGGUCCUGGGACUGCAGCUCUAACCCCGCUGGGGUUCGAAGUCCCUGGGAGACCCAGGAGGACAUCAGGUUUCACUGGCACGACAGAAAGCAGGGCCGCAGCGCCACCUGGCACGCACAGGGACCACACAACGUCUUCAAGUGGUGCGCUGGACAGAGAGGCAGUGGCAGUCUGCACAGCAGGGAGGGAACCAAUAAGAGAUGGCAGCAGGAAGACUAUCUCCAGCCUCCAACACAGCAGCAGAGAGGAGGGAGGGGAGCCUGGCAGCAGAACGGCAGAGGAGGAGGUAGUACGAGUCUAUACAGCAGUAGCAGAGGGGGUAACGGACUUCCUGGUGUGCUCGCUGACCCUGUCGUGACGGAAGGGCUGAGCAGCACAGAGUCUCUUCACAGGAUGGACCUCACCAGCGACCAGCUGGAUCCAGUCGGGUCUUUCGACCAGCUACAUCGAGACGCUCACUUUAAACCGCAGGAUGACGGCAGGAAGGGUGGACACCAGAACAUGGCCCAGGAAGGGCCAGCCGGUGGAGCAGAACGUGAUCGUAAAAGCGGCACGGGGCCCAAGGCGUCCGGUAGUAAUCCUAAACUAGACAAGGCCUGUCGCUGGUCCCCUUAUCCGUCCCAUAAGGAGACUUACCCUCAUCCUCACCCCUCAGAGAAGCACCCAAAGGGUCCUCCUCCUCCCCCAACCUUCCAGACCCCCCAGAUCCCUUCGGUCCAGGGCAGAGAUGUGGACCUGAGGCCCAGACGUGACAUAACGCUGGACCUUCACCACUCCUCGGGUCUGCAGCCGACUCAGUCCAGACGGGACCUGCGAGCAGGCCAGCAGAGAGCAGCACAGCAUCAGAGGUCUCCUGAUCACAGUGUAGAAGGGAGGGAACCCAGGAAGAAUAGAGACAUCUCUAUAAGGAUCAGUAGUAGUGAUACCAGCAAUAGUCUGAGGACAGACAGACAAACCACCUCCUCCUCCUCUUCCUCUGGGUCCACCUCCACCGGACGGAGGGCAACUAAGCCAUCAGAGUGCCUUGAGAAAGGCCUGUCUUCCUCUUCUACUACCAACCCCAAGACCCACCUCAGUAGGGCCUCCAGCCCCACCCUCAACCUAACCUCCAGCCCCAAGACCCACCUCAGUAGGGCCUCCAGCCCUAGCCCCUCUACCACCUCCAGCCCCAAGACUCACCUCAGUAGGGCCUCCAGCCCCACCUUCAACCUAACCUCCAGCCCCAAGACCCACCUCAGUAGGGCCUCCAGCCCUAGUCCCACCCUCAACCUAACCUCCAGCCCCAAGAACCACCUCAGUAGGGCCUCCAGCCCCUCUACCACCCCCAGGACCCAGCUGAGCCGUGCCUCCAGCCAGGACUCGGACCAGCCCAGGUUGACCAGACACAGAAGCCAGGAUUUGGGGAGGAGGCAGGGAUCAAAUUCCCCUCAGCAGGACCAGGAACAGCUGCUGACCGAGAUGCUGAGGAGAGCCAAGGAGACACUGCUAGACAAGAGGAGUUCUGUGGAAUUGUCCGUUGUUAACCCCAGGACGGAGGGACUGAAGACGGUGUCCAACGACCAUAGGAUGGAGAUAAAGGAGAGAAAGAUGGUGCUACACAUCGAGGAACAACAACAACAACAGGUGGAGAGCUCUGAGGGCGUUAAGAUUGGAGACGAUGACGACGACGACAACAGACAGAAGAGAGGGAAAACGUCUCGACAGACCAGACAGGACAGAGCUAGCAGCAGAGUUAACCCAGGUGCUGCUACCGAGCCUUUGGAGACCAUGAUGGAGUUUGUGACGUCUCCCUCAGACAACCACCUUUCUGUUCAGUCUGUCCAGGUCAGUACUUCCACCGUGGAGUCCCCAGGGGGGGCUGUGCUCUCUCUCUCUCCCAGGGAGGAGGAGGAGGAGGCGGUGGGGGAGAAGGAGGCGGCGAGGGGCUUGGUGGCUGGUGCCGGAGAGGAGGCCAUGGAAGUUGCAGACGCGGGGCUAUGGUCAGACGGUGACCCCUUGAGAACCGUCGACCCUAACCUUGACCUUCACACGACCUCUGACCCCUCCUCAGGCUCCACCCAGACCAAACCCACCCUACCUUUAGCCCUGAAGAGGGACCUCACCCGACACAUCGGCUCCAAGACCAAGAGCGGCGGCAGCCACGAGCCCAAUCUGAACAUCGCCCGGCGGAUCAGGAAUGUGAGCGGGACGAGGAGAGGGGACGCGGAGAAGGAUUCGGGGCUGAAGCCGACGUUAAGACAGCUCAUCAGCUCCUCAGGGUCACGACGCUGUGUCAACUGGGACCAGGUGUACCAGGAAGUCCACAGGAAGAAGCAGCAGCAGGGGAAAGGCAUGCCCAGGUUUGGUAUAGAGAUGGUGUCCUGUGAUCAGGAGGGUGAAGACAUUCCUCUGACCGAGGGGUUUCAGUGGGAGACCCUCUUCGACCUCGGCGACUCUGGACCCGCCCUCGCCCCCGUGACUCCUCGCAAACGAAGCCUCUCGGAGAGUAGCGUGGCUCCAGACCGCUCGACCGCUAACCUCUCCUCUCUCUUCGGCGGUCAGACCCAAGGUCACGCAAUGCCAGGAGAGAGGGCACCCGGAGAUGGGGCUGGAAGGGAAGUGAGAUGCAGCUCAGAGCAGCAAAGCUCGUCGUCCUUCAGAGACCCCCAGCAGCCUAAGGUGGAGGGGACACAGUGUGAGGACAGAGUACAGGGGCCACUACCAGAGGGGCCACCAGGGGUCCAGCCGAGACCUGACUCCGUGAUGGGGGACAGCAGCUCGGGGACGGAACAGACCGACACGCAGGGAGCCAGGAUGAAACGCCGUGCAGCUGGGGACAUUCCAUGCCCUGAAAUCCCUAAUUUAGAGAGGAAGAAUAAAAGACUGAAGGUCAAGUCCAAGAAAGAGCGUCUGCAGGUGGACCAUCUCCUUGCUGUGUCUCUGAGAGAGGAGGAUCUGAGCCGGUCUCUACAAGGGGUCGACAACAGCCUGCUCCAGGCCAGGGCUGCUCUACAGGCUGCCUACAUGGAGGUCCAGCGCCUCCUAGUGGUCAAACAGCAGGUUUCCAUGGAGAUGAGUACUCUCAGAAGGAAGCGUAUUGAGUUGCUCCAAGGGAUACAAGGUGGUGACAACCUUUCCCUGCCCAGAGUGAAGAGCUGUGAAGAGGAGAUGCCUUUAGAGAUGCCCCCCUCCCUGCUGUCGCCUCUAACAGAAGCCCCUGUCACCAAUCCUAACCAGGUUCCCCUCUACCUCCCCCUCUGCUCCACGCCCCCCUCCCUGUCCCCUAGCCACCAGACCAAGCCCCAGACCCAGCCUGUCACACAGUCAGUAGUUAUCAAGCAGGAGCCCCUGUCCCCUGGUAGGGUGACCACUGAGACAGAGGUUGCGGAGAGCACAGUUACAAUCCACCAGCGACUUCACUACGGCCCUCACAGCACCACGCCAGAGCCCACGCCUAUCCCUACAGCCCCUCGCACAGAUUGUGCCCUCAGCUGCCAACCGGUAAGAGGGAGGAAGUCUGAGCAUCACAGAGCCAGCAGAGAGCUCUCUCAAGAGGACAGCAGCCUACCCGUAGGAGCAUGUGUAGAAUGGAAGGACCCCUCAGCAGGUUCACCAGGCCUGGUCCAUUCGGGAGAGAGGGGUGUCCAGGUUACCACAGAAGACAGGGGUAACUUCAAGCCCCACCCAGCCUCCCUGUCAGGCCCAUCCAGCCGCAAGAGCUCCAGAGCCGGGGUCCAGGACCUAGACACCUCCCCCGUCCUUCCUCCGUCCCUCGCUCCGUCCAUCGCUCCGCCUCAGGCGGAAGUGAAGACCGUAAAGCGCGUGAGGAAGUUGAAGAAGAAGAGGGUGCUGAGGAAGGCCAAGGGGGAGGAGCAACAGCUUGACAACAGCGACACAGAACUGGAGACGGAGACGACCUUCACCCGACCCGUCAGACUCCUCGGCACCCGCAGGAAAGCCAGUGGCGGAUGCCGACCCCAGGUCACCACAUCCUCCUCCACAUCCACCUCCAGCCCGCCCGGAGCAUCAGAGGACAAGAGAGAGCUUCCAAGGCCACCAAGGUCUCCAGCCACUAGACCCGAGGAGAAGCAGGAGGACUCUGACUCCUCUCUGGAGAUGGUCGUACUCCCCCAGGCAGCUCCAGUGGAGGUGGUCACCAUUGACACCUCAGGUCCAGAGGAUGGAGACAUGGACAUCUGCGGUGUUGCCUGUCCACAGCCACAGCCCACUGUCUCACCCCCAGCCCCAGACACACUGAAGACAGAGCCCCAGAAGCUGGCUUGCAAUGAGGUGACCUCCACCAGCGAGAUGGAUGGUAGCUCUGUAGUCAAGAGUGAAGUCCAGCUUCCCCUGACAUCUGUCAAGCUGUCCAAAACUUCCUCAGAUCUCUCUCUAGACGCGUCGUCGGAGCCCGGGGACGAUGAUCUGCCGUCUGAGGGGAUGUUUGAGGGUCACCAGGAGACCGUUAAUGCCAUGCAGGUCCACAUGGGUCUCCUCUAUACCUGUUCUGGAGACCGCACUGUUAGAGCCUUCAGCCUGGUGAGCCGUGAGUGUGUGGCUGUGUUUGAGGGCCACAGCACCAAGGUCAACUGUUUGCUGGUUUCUUCUGGACCAGGUCUUCAACAACGCCUUUACUCUGGCUCCAGUGACCAGACUAUCCGCUGCUACAACCUCAGGUCCAGGGAGUGUGUGGAUCAGUUCUCUCUCCCAGACCGGGUUCUUUGCCUCCACAACCGCUGGAAAGUUCUGUACGCUGGCCUAGCUAACGGCUCCGUGGUCACCUUGAGCCUCAAGACCAACAAGCAGCUGGAUGUGUUUGAGUGUCACGGGCCGCGGGCGGUGAGUUGCCUAGCGACAGCCCAGGAAGGAGCUCGCCGCAUCCUAUUGGUCGGAUCCUACGACAGUACCAUUAGCAUCCGGGAUGCCAAGAGUGGCCUGUUGCUACGGACUCUAGAGGGACACACCAAGACAGUACUAUGUAUGAAGGUAGUCAAUGACCUGGUCUUCAGUGGCUCCAGUGACCAGUCGGUCCAUGCACACAAUAUACAUACUGGAGAGUUGGUGCGUAUCUAUAAAGGACAUAGUCAUGCUGUCACAGUGGUAGCCAUCCUGGGGAAGGUGAUGGUCACUGCCUGUCUUGACAAACUGGUCCGUGUCUACGAACUACAGUCACAUGAUCGUCUGCAGGUGUACGGUGGACACGCGGACAUGGUGAUGUGUAUGGCUAUCCACAAGAGUAUGAUCUACACCGGUUGCUAUGACGGCAGUGUGCAGGCGGUCAAACUGAGCCUGAUCCAGAACUAUCACUGCCGGUGGCAUGGCUGUUCUCUGAUCUUUGGAGUGUUGGAGCACCUUCAACAGCACCUGCUCCAAGACCACGUCUCUCCCAACACACAGAACCUCAAGUGUCGAUGGAAGAACUGCGAUGAGUAUUUCACUGCUCGCAACGGCUCCAAGCAGGGGGCUCCAAGGCACAUGCUGCAACACGUGGAAGAGGAGUGGAGUAAACCAGCCCAACCCUGAGGGAGUCUUACGCUCCUGACCCCCCCC